ACUCACAGAGAUCCACCUGCCUCUGCCUUCAGUGUGCUGGGAUUAAAGGCCUGUGCCACUAUACCCUGGGUACCCUCUAGCUGCAGCAUCCCUCUCUCCCAGAAGCGGCCAGUGUACCUGUGAGGCUUUGAGGGGAGGCGGGGCUUCUGGGAGUGGGACGCAAGGCCUGAGAUCCAAUUGGAAGGACGAGCGUGGGGCGGGGCUAGCAAACAGUCAUUGAAAUAGGGCUCACCAGAGUGGCUUCUUUCGGGUUUGCUUUAUUGAGUGUGGAGUUGCACAGGCUGUUUGCAACGAUAUUGCCGCAGUAUGACCGCCUUUAAGAGCUUUAAGUCCCUCGUCCAGCUGAAACACCAAGAAGGGUCUUUUAAAGUGGUCGGAGACUCUCGCAAGCUGCCCGGGUGGCUCCAUCCCGAGUAUCUGGAUGAUCCAGAAACAGUGUAUGUGGAUGCUUGGCUGGUGGAAAAGAUGUUUGGUAAGGAUGGAGAGUACAUCCCGCAUGUCGAGUGUGUGACACGCACAGUGCUUCAGGUGAACCAGUGGAAACCUGAAGAGGAAGCUGAGAUUUUGAUAUUUGGGCCUCCUGAUUACCAAAAGGAUGUUUCCCAAAUGAUCUCCAACUUGGUUGACUAUUUCUGCAAGCAAGUAAUACAAGUCUUCUUAUACUGCUUUUCUUCCAACACAGAGGAGCACUGUUCUCAAGAGACUGAGACCCAGUGUCUUCCUGUGGUGGUUCGGGAGGCGGCCACCCAGCCGGCUCCCGUCGGGGUCCCUGUUGCUGCCACCCAGCCGGCUCCCGUCGGGGUCCCUGUUGCUGCCACCCAGCCGGCUCCCGUCGGGGUCCCUGUUGCUGCCACCCAGCCGGCUCCCGUCGGGGUCCCUGUUGCUGCCACCCAGCCGGCUCCCGUCGGGGUCCCUGUUGCUGCCACCCAGCCGGCUCCCGUCGGGGUCCGUGUUGCGGCCACCCAGCCGGCUCCCGUCGGGGUCCGUGUUGCGGCCACCCAGCCGGCUCCCGUCGGGGUCCGUGUUGCGACCACCCAGCCGGCUCCCGUCGGGGUCCGUGUUGCGGCCACCCAGCCGGCUCCCGUCGGGGUCCGUGUUGCGGCCACCCAGCCGGCUCCCGUCGGGGUCCGUGUUGCGGCCACCCAGCCGGCUCCCGUCGGGGUCCGUGUUGCGGCCACCCAGCCGGCUCCCGUCGGGGUCCGUGUUGCUGCCACCCAGCUGUCUCCGGUGGAGGACUCCGAGGAUGACCCCCAGCUGUCUCCGGUGGAGGACUCCGAGGAUGACCCCCAGCUGUCUCCGGUGGAGGACUCCGAGGAUGACCCCGAGGAUGACCCCCAGCUGUCUCCGGUGGAGGACUCCGAGGAUGACCCCGAGGAUGACCCCCAGCUGUCUCCGGUGGAGGACUCCGAGGAUGACCCCGACUCCGAGGAUGGCGCCCAACUGUCUCCGGUGGAGGACUCCGAGGAUGACCCCGACUCCGAGGAUGACCCCCAGCUGUCUCCGGUGGAGGACUCCGAGGAUGACCCCGACUCCGAGGAUGACGCCCAGCUGUCUCCGGUGGAGGACUCCGAGGAUGACCCCGACUCCGAGGAUGACGCCCAGCUGUCUCCGGUGGAGGACUCCGAGGAUGAUCCCCAGCUGUCUCCGGUGGAGGACUCCGAGGAUGACCCCGACUCCGAGGCUCCCCCCCAGCUGUCUCCGGUGGAGGACGCCGAGGAUGACCCCCAGCUGUCUCCGGUGCAGGACGCCGAGGCUCCCCCCCAGCUGUCUCCGGUGCAGGACGCCGAGGAUGACCCCCAGCUGUCUCUGGUGGAGGACUCCGAGGAUGACCCCGACUCCGAGGAUGACCCCCAGCUGUCUCCGGUGGAGGACUCCGAGGAUGACCCCGACUCCGAGGAUGACCCCCAGCUGUCUCCGGUGGAGGACUCCGAGGAUGACCCCCAGCUGUCUCCGGUGGAGGACUCCGAGGAUGAUCCCCAGCUGUCUCCGGUGGAGGACUCCGAGGAUGACCCCCAGCUGUCUCCGGUGGAGGACUCCGAGGAUGACCCCCAGCUGUCUCCGGUGGAGGAUGCCGAGGAUGACCCCCAGCUGUCUCCGGUGGAGGAUGCCGAGGAUGACCCCCAGCUGUCUCCGGUGGAGGACGCCGAGGCUCCCCCCCAGCUGUCUCUGGAGGACGCCGAGGAUGACCCCCAGCUGUCUCGGGUGGAGGACGCCGAGGAUGACCCCGACUCCGAGGAUGACCCCCAGCUGUCUCCGGUGGAGGAUGCCGAGGAUGACCCCCAGCUGUCUCCGGUGGAGGACGCCGAGGAUGAUCCCCAGCUGUCUCCGGUGGAGGACUCCGAGGAUGACCCCGACUCCGAGGAUGACCCCCAGCUGUCUCGGGUGGAGGACGCCGAGGAUGAUCCCCAGUUGUCUCCGGUGGAGGACGACGACGAGGCUUUCACCCACCUGUUUCCCGUGGAGGAAGCUGAUUCUGCCACCCAGCUGGGUCCUGUGGCGGUCCAUGAGGAGGCUAGUGAAGGUGCCACCGUGCACACUUCAUGUGAGCUCCAUCAGGAUGUCACUAAGCAGUCUGCCACUGAAGUCUGUGAGGCUGCCACCCCCCCUAGCAGCACUCUGUGGAGUUCUCUGAGGUGGUUGUUGGCUGGAGUGGGUAUGGGAGAGGGUGGGGGUGGUGGGGAUGUACCUAGGAAGAGUAGUAGCAUUGUCUAGUAGAGAAUAGUGAGACUGGAGCCCAGCAGUCUUUGCAUGUUAGUAUUCAGCCUCCAAAGGCUGCCUGGGAACCAGUUACCACCUUAUAAAGGUGACUCAGCCAGUAUAAAUGUACACACCUCUAAUCCCAGCACCGGGAGGCAGAGGCAGGGGGUCCCUAGUUCCAGGCUAGUCUGGGAUGAAUGAGGCAGUGAUCUUUAAACCCUGCUGAAGUCUCCUGACACCUUUUUCUGAUUGUUUUGCCCUAGAAGUUGGAAGAGUGGAGGAGGACUGUUUUCCCCUUGUGUUCAGUGUUUGCAAACACAAUUAAAAAUAUUCCAAUAAAGAAUUGCACCCCCAAAGUAUGUUAUUUGGAUGGUAGAAAGGGUACAGGGCUCCUUCAGUCCAGUGCUGUGGACACCCUCACUAUCUUCCUGAGGCUGGAAUCUUCUGGAUUGUGGGUCCCCACCCCAACACUCACAGGAUCAAAGGCUUUCCUUGUUCCUUAACCCAGUACAUCUGAUAGUGAUGGAGCU